AUGAGUGUUGGCACGGAAUCAACACUGCCGAAACCUCAUUCUCAACCUGACGUCAGCAUACCGCCGUCUGUAUUGGUAUUGGGUAUGGCUGGCUCUGGAAAAACUUCGUUUGUGCAGGUUCCAUAUCCUGUCAAUAUUGAUAUACGUGAUACUGUCAAGUACAAGCAAGUGAUGAAAGAGUAUGGUUUGGGGCCAAACGGUGCAAUAAUUACAAGUCUUAAUUUGAUGUGCACACGAUUCGAUCAGGUUCUGUCAAUGAUUCGAAAACGGGCUAGCCAGUACAGUGUAUGCCUGCUCGACACACCCGGUCAAAUUGAAGCGUUUACAUGGAGCGCUAGUGGCUCAAUCAUUACUGACUCACUAGCUAGUAGUCAUCCAACGCUUGUCGCUUAUGUGGUUGAUUCUGCACGUGCGACAAAUCCAACGACAUUCAUGUCAAAUAUGUUGUACGCUUGUUCGAUUCUUUACAGAACUAAGUUGCCUUUCGUUGUCGUCUUCAACAAGGCACGUUUCCGUUUCUCAUUUUGGCUUGCCGAUAUAGUCUCACCAGCUUUCGCACGUAGCUGGAUGAAUGAUUUUGAGCGCUUUGAUCAAGCGCUGGAAGAAAGCCGUAGUUCAUUUAUGAAUGAUCUGAGUCGGUCACUCUCUCUUACACUCGAUGAGUUUUAUUCAGGUCUAAAAACAGUAUCGGUUUCAUCGUUAACUGGUGAAGGCAUGGAGGAUUUUAUGAAAAUGGUAACCGAAUGUGUAGAACAGUAUAAGACGGAAUAUGUUCCUAUGUACAGUCGUGUACUAGAAGAGAAAAUGAAGCUCGAUCAGCAAGAAAAGCGCAGAAAAUUUGAAGAUAUUACUGAAGGAGGUCUGGAAGUGUUGAGUUUACAUCCAUCCCUGGAACAUCCUCCUGAUAGGGAACAAAUCCACAUUGGAGGUGUGGAAGAGGAGAAUGCUGAAGACGCUAAUACUCUUCGCUGA